GAAGCAAAAAAUACAAACGAUAUUAAGACUUGAGUGCACGUUUCUUUCGUAGAAAUAAACAUUUUGCCAUGGAUUUAGUACUGUGCAUUCCUGUUUUGGUUAUGUUAUACUUGGGCAAUGUGAUACCAAUGACUGCUUCUGUUAGAAUGUGGGAUAGAGCUACUGUUGUUUGUGAUACCAAUAGCAAAAAGCAUGUGGUUGAGGAAAAUUCUGAUCGAGUGGUUAACUUAGAUGCCAACUGUCAGUCGGGAGAAAUAGCAUGGAGAUACAGUACGACUUAUGUGUAUCUGAAAUUCCGAAAACCAUCCCCAUUUAAGGUUUGUUUUAGAAGCAAUGCCAUCCCUGGUAUGGAAAAGUACAGCGUUUACAAGAUGGAUGGAUCGCCAACGUACGCCGGAAGUCCAAACCGAGAUCGUGACAUCUGUGUGAUGUCCUCGGGAUUAAACCUUGACAUAGCGUUAGAAGCCUUGGAUACAUUUUAUGUACUAACUGCCAACUUCAAAGUCAACUGUGUCUAAUUUUGAUGAGUUUGUGUAGGAAAUACAAAUAAAUCUAUAUGUUGUGUU